AAAUGCAUAAAUCCUCACAGUGUCUUUCAGUUUUAGAUGUAAGGUAGCUGUUGUUAAUUAACAGGAAUGCCGUCUAUACCAUAUUUUAUUUUCUUUGUAUUGAUGUUCCAUGCAAUAUUACAUCAAACUGAAGGACAAACUUGUGGCCCUAAUGUGGAUAUUAUUUGUGUAAAUGAAACGGCAUUCGCAUACUGUUCGAAUGGAAGUGUAGUCUCUGAUUUUAUACAGUCAUGUAGCCCCUUGAACUGUUAUGAUGGCUGUGUACCCUUCUGCGCAGAGAGUGAGGCAUACUGUGUUCCGGUAGCAACUGAAACGACUACAACUGAACCGUCAUCAACCACAACGGAAUUAACAACAGCACCGACAACAACGACGACUGAGACUACCACAGAACUAACUACAGAAGGAACCAGUACAACAGAAACAACGACAGAAUUAACAACUACAGCAAUGCCGACAUCAACGACGACAGAUAUGACCAUGGAACUAACUACAGAAGAAACCAGUACAACAGAAACAACCACUACGGAAUUACCAACUGCAACAAUGCCGACAUCAACGACGACAGAGACCAGUUCAACAGAAUUAACAACAACAACAGCAACAACCAGGCAGCCAACAACCGCUAUGGCAACAUCAACUGCUCCAACAGAAGCCCCACCUACUGAAGCGCCAUUUACAUGUGAAUCAGCAGGAGAGUUUCAGGAUCUCGGAAAUUGUAGCAAUUUUUACCUCUGCAUACCACUAUCUUCAGGAGACUUUGUAUACAUAAUGUUUUCAUGCCCAGAUGGUUCUCAGUUUGAUUCUGUGACUAAGAAAUGUUCUCAAAACGCAACAUGUAUUACUCCAUCAUGUAAUGACUUUGGAUUCUACUGUCUCAGCACUUCACAAGUCCAGUUAUGUUAUGAUUCAGAGCCACCAAGUGGGGAUGCUUUCACAUGUCCUGCAAACACAUACUGCAGUAUGGACUGUCAGUACCCAUGCUGGGCAGAUAUACCUUGUACAACCACAGCACCUCCCUCAACAUCAACAACAGCUUUGCCUACAUCGACAGUGACGAUACCACCGACUACUACUGCAGAACCGUUCGUUUGUUCAGAGACUGGACGGUUUCCUGAUCCUGCUAACUGCAGUCUUUAUUAUCUCUGCUCUCCCAAGUCUUCAGGUGGGUUCUACACGAUGCACUUUUCUUGUCCUCCACCAUCAUUGUAUAAUCCUAACACGCGACAAUGUUCUGUUAGUUUUACAUGUUCUCCUGCACAAUUGCUUGACAAUUCAAGCACAACAGUGUCGACAAUUGUCACAUCACCUUCACAGCCGUUUACCUGUGAAGAAUCUGGACGUUUUGCUGAUCCAGAAGACUGCAAAUCAUACUACCUAUGCUCACCAAAAUCAUCUGGGGGAUUCUACCAGAUACAUUACCAGUGCCCUCCCACAUCAGCUUAUGAUCAAAACACAACCCAGUGCAGCGCAUCGUCAAGUAUUAACUGUUGAGUUGCUCGUAUGUGACACAUAAUUUUUAAAAAGAUUCCUUCUUGUGUAGCUAAAUACACGUUUUUGCAUUAUACUUUACACUAAGAAUAUUAUUGUACGAAUCAUCAUAUUAUGAUAAGUUCUGUUCCGAAAUAAAGAGUGUUAUAGAAAGUAAGAAAUAAU